GAAGUUAAGAAACCAGAUUCAUAAAUAUUUUGCCAUGGACAUCCGAAUCGAAUGAACGUUCAGUAAUUUUAUGUUAAAACUCAAAUAAGAAUAGUUCAAAAUGCAAGUCGAAGAGGCCAGAUACUUAAAAAGAAAAGUAAAAUUCAGUAGUAUUGAUGUUCAUCCUACAGAAAAAGCUUUGGUUGUUAACUAUGAACUGGAGGCAACAAUACUUGGAGAACUGGGAGAUCCAAUGUUGGGGGAGAGGAAAGAAUGUCAGAAAAUAAUCCGAGUUAAAAGUUUAAACCCAAGCAGUGAUUUGACGACCUUAGCAAAAGAAAUCAUUGAUAAAUGUAAACUAAUACAUCCUUCUAAGUUACUGGAAGUAGAGCAGUUACUAUAUUAUCUACAAAGUCGGAAAGAUACAGGGCCCCCCAGUAAAGCAUCUGGUAAAACACAAUUACAAGAAAAUCCUGAAGUGCCAACCUAUGAUGCCACAGAGAUAGACGAGGUUGCUAAUAUCAAUGAUGUUGAUGAUUAUAUGGAAUUGCUGUAUGAGGAUGUUCCUGAGAAAAUCCGUGGAUCAGCAUUAUUGCUACAGUUAUCAAGAAAUCCAGACAAUCUGGAGGAACUCUUCGCCAAUGAGACGGUGAUUGGUGCAUUGGCUCGAGUGUUACGAGAAGAUUGGAAGAAAAGCACAGAAUUAGCAACUAACAUUAUUUACAUAUUUUUCUGUUUCUCCAGUUUUACACAAUUUCAUGGUGUUAUCCUACAUUUUAAGAUAGGAGCUCUAUGUAUGAACAUUUUAGAACAUGAAUUGAAAAAAUAUGAUUUAUGGAAUGAUGAACUUCAGAAAAAGAAGAAACUUGCAGAAUCAGACAAAGACAAUGUGAAGGUCAAGGAAGACUAUGAAAAGAGUGUUAAGAAAUUCUCAGAACUGGUAAAGAAACAAGAACAGCUACUCAGAGUUGCAUUUUACCUGUUACUCAACCUAUCAGAAGAUCUAGCAGUAGAAAUGAAGAUGAAAAACAAGAAUGUGGUCAAAAUGUUGGUGAAAUGUUUAGAGAGAGAUAACUUUGAAUUGUUGAUCUUGGUGGUAUCUUUCUUGAAGAAAUUAAGCAUCUUUAUUGAAAAUAAAAAAGAAAUGUCAAAAGAAAAUGUUAUCAGCAAGUUAACAAAACUGAUUCCCUGUGACCAUGAAGAUUUACUCAACAUUACAUUAAGACUGUUAUUGAAUUUGUCGUUUGAUUCUGAACUUAGGAGCAAGAUAGUUAAAUUUGGACUGUUACCCAAACUUGUAGGAUUACUAAAUAAUGAGAACCACAAGAUGAUUGUUUUGUGUAUACUGUACCACGUCAGUAUGGAUGACAAGGCCAAGUCAAUGUUUACAUUUACAGAUUGUAUACCAAUUGCAAUGAAAUUGUUAUUAGAAAGUCCAGAAAAGACAGACAUUGAACUGUUAUCGUUGUGUAUAAACUUAGCUUCUAAUAAAAGGAAUGCUCAAAUUAUUUGUGAAGGUCAAGGACUAAAAAUGUUAAUGAAGAGAGCUUUUAAAUUUAGAGAUCCAUUGUUGAUGAAAAUGGUCAGAAAUAUCUCACAGCAUGAUGGACCAACAAAAAAUUUAUUUGUUGAUUACAUAAGUGAUCUAGCAGAUGCCAUGUUACAAGCAGACAACGAUGAUUUUGGUGUAGAGGCACUAGGAAUUCUGGGUAACUUAACCAUACCAGACCUGGAUUAUGAACUUAUAAUAAGGGAAUAUGAAUUGAUACCCUGGAUAAAGAGAAGACUUGAGCCAGGAAGUGCUGAAGAUGAUAUUGUAUUAGAUGUUAUUAUAUUAGUGGGAACUGUGUGCAAUGAUGAUGCUUGUGCCAAAUUGUUAGCAGAGUCUAACAUCAUACACUGUCUCAUUGAAUUACUGAAUGCCAAACAGGAAGAUGAUGAGAUGGUUUGUCAGAUUGUUUAUGUGUUCUAUCAGAUGAUUUUCCAUGAAUCAACACGUGAAGUUAUUAUCAAAGAUACUCAGGCGCCUGCUUAUCUCAUAGAUCUGAUGCAUGAUAAAAAUGCUGAAAUACGCAAAGUCUGUGAUAACACAUUGGACAUCAUAGCUGAAUUUGAUCCAGAAUGGGCAAAACGUAUCCAGUUAGAGAAAUUUCGUUGGCAUAACUCUCAAUGGUUAGAUAUGAUUGAGACAAGACAAAUGGAUGAAAUGGCAGACCAGUAUUAUGGAGACGAAGGCUACGAUCCUUAUCUGCAGGAUACAGACAUCCUGGACAGACCAGACCUGUUUUAUGGAGAUGCCUAUGAGAAUGGAUACAUUAUGGAUGGACAUUUAACACCAGAAUAUAUAGAUGAGAAUGGAAUGUAUGAUGGUCAACCCUAUGAAGGCCAACCUUAUGAUGCACAUGGACAGCCAUAUAUGCCAUAUGGAUACGAUGGUAUAGAUAUACAGGAUGGAUAUGAACCUUAUGCGAGACCAGAGUCCAAUAUGGGUUUUAUAGAUGAGAGAUAUGGUGGGACUGUAGACCAAUAUGGAAGACCAAUACAGCAAGAAUAUGGAAUGUACCAAAAUGGCCAUGGUGAUGAAGAGGAUGAAUAUGAUUUUGGUUAUGGUGGUUAUGAUCCACGAUAAACUUUUGAGAAGUUUUAAUGUAUUUGUAGUUUAACCAAGAUCAUAGAAGUGCACAUGACAGAGGGUUUGAUUUAUAGGUGGAUAAAACCAGGGAACUGAAUUGGAUAAACAAGUACCUAACAAUAUGUUGGAUGUUGCAAAACAUUUGAUAGAAUUUCCAGUUCCUUAUGGAAACCAUUUGAUAAUCAUUGUGUAACCUGAUUGGGUAGGAUUAAUGAAAAUAUUCCUAGUUUCUUAUUCAAUUUUCUUUUAAUUAUAGAACUGUCUCACAAAUGCUUAGGCCUAGCAAAUGCUUGGCAUUCUUGACUUGACUGGUCUUUUUGUGCACACAUAUUUAGUGGUACAUCCUGCCUGAUUUGGCAAAAAUUGUGCUCUUAUGUUCAUUUUUCAGAAAAAAAAUGAUAUUUAAAGUAGUGUCUCCUUAAUGACUAGUUGUAAAUUACAGUAUGGCUACAAUUGGAGGAUUUUUGCAUUGUUAAAUUAACAAUUUUAAAGUCUAGCUUUGUCAUUAAUUUACACACAUAUAAAUAAUGUAGUUUUAAUUGAACUCAUGAUUUUUUUUAUGCCCCCCACCAUAGCGGGGUGGCAUUUAGUGUUUCCUUUGACUGUCCUUCUGUUCAUCCGUCCAUGCCAUUUUCUUUUUCCCACUCUAACUUAAGUUUUUCUCAUCGGAAGUUUAUGAAAUUCAUACACAAUGCUUAGAACCAAAACUUGCCGAGUUUGAAUUUAGUCUAUGAGACACUUACCGUUCUAGAGUUAUGCCCUUAAAAAUUUGACAAAAUUGCAAUUUUUUUUUAUUUCUGCACUCUGAACUUAAUUUGGUCUCAUCCUAAUUUAUGAAACUGGUACACAAUGCUAAGAAUCACAACAUGCAGACAGAGUUCAAAUGUUGGUUGUGAGUCAUUUACAGGUAUAGAGUUAUGCCCCUUUUUAACUUGGAAAAUUGCAAAGCUGAGCGGGCAUUUAUGUCCUCAGACACAUUCUUCUUUUAUGUCUAAAAAAACAGAUAUCAAUGUUUAAGCAUAACCUGGUUCUCGUAAUAAUUUUUCAUGUACAGAUUCUUUCUGAAAGCUAGGUAUUUUUUUAACCAAUCCUUGCCUGAUAUGAUCUAUAGGAAAUUCACAGUAAAACAUUCAUUGUAUACAUGAUAAUUGAGAAUACAUUGUUUUAUUGUAUUGUUAUGUUGUCUCAUUGAUAAAUAUCACAUUUCUCUUACUGAUCAUAUUUGUAGUAUCUGUACAGAUUUUUGACAUUCCUCAAUGUUAUGAAAUUUGAUCUGCAUAUUUUUACUUGUAAAGUGUAGAUAUUACUGUAAAAUGUUGUAAAAUACAUACUAUUUUAUGUGUUUUUGUCUUGUAAAACCAGUUAUUAUUUUUUUACAAUUGACAGCGAGCAAUCAUAGAAGAAACAUUUAAAAAAAAACAUUCCCUGGUUUAUUUAGUCAAAAACUUCAAUUUAGGUACUCUCUUUCUGAAGGUUAAUAACUUUCACAAUAUGAUCUGUUGUUCUAAAUACCAGGGAACGAGAAUUGAAUAGUUACAGAAACCUUGCUCUUUGCUCAUGCCUGUUGUGCAUGGCUUCUUAAGAUUCAAAGCAGUUUAGGUAUAAAUUGUUUCUUUUGUUAUAUUUGUUAAAGAAUCUGUGAUUUAAAUGGAUUCCGUCCAACACUUUUUAGUUGCUGUAAUUUUUCUUUAUUUUUUAACUUAUUUGUUUAUCUAUUUACUGAAUUUACAUCUAUAAUUAAUAAAAGCUAGAAAAUA